CGUGCGAUCUGGCCUUCCCCUGCAGUUUGCAUGUACGUGGGUGACGUGACAUUGUAAAAUAUGGUCAAUAUUUGGCUGCACGAGAUCAUGUGUUCGUAUUUCAUUUCACCUAUAUGGCGUAUAGAGUCGUUAUGGUUGGUAUGGUUUCGUUUGAACUACUACUACGACACAAAACUCACAGGCGCGUCUGUGUUCUCUGUGCAUGUGCAGCCGCUGAAAAACAUUUUAUUCAUGCGGACAGAACCGACGGCCAAUCGGCGCCUACUAUACUCCGAGUGGGCGGGGCAUGGGACUCAUGAAUAUCCAGCUCGCGCGCUCGGUGGGCACGUCGAGCAGGAGCCGAGAGUAGUGUUGUGCUCGAACCCAGGAGCUCUUGUUACUGUUGACGAGCGGGUCCGAGUCCGAACCCGCAGUGGCAGUUGUGGUGACAUCGGUUCAAGAGUCGCGCCGUCUGUUCUUCAUCGCCUUCUCCCGGUACAGGAGGCAAUCGAUUGGGUGCGCGCGGAGCUUGACAGCGGAACCAAAUGCCUGGCAAAGACGCGGUGGCAGCGGCGCCUCAGCCCGAGGGUAACGUCGUCACAGCGGCUCCGGUCAAGUCCUCUCCUUUUGUGUUAAAGAAGAUCAUGGACAUCCCCCCGCCUAACAUCCUGGAGGAGGGCGAGGACGAAAUAGAGAAGGAGAAGCUGUGCUCAUCUGAGGAUGUGGAGGGAGGCGGGGCUGAGGCAGCCAGUACUGGUGGAGGUUCUAGAGGAGGAGGAGGAGUCGGUGGCGGCGGCGGCGGCGGAGGCAGUGGAGGUGUGUCAGCCUCCCUGACCCCAGCCAUUUGGGAGAAGACCAUCCCCUACGACGGGGAGAGCUUCCACUUGGAGUACAUGGACCUGGACGAGUUCCUCCUGGAGAACGGGAUCCCUGUCAGCCUGGAGGAGGAGGAGGAGCUGCAGAAGACUCUCACCUCAUUGGAGGGCAAAGGCAAAUCCACACCCAAGGUUGCUGCCACGGCAGCUAUUACUACUGCUACUACCACUACUCCUGCUGCUGCAGCCUUGGCCUCAGCAUCAGCAUCUUCCCCCUCUGCCUCCGCCCCCUCUACGGUCACCUCCGAACCAGAGGAAACGGUGACAGUCACUGCUUUACAACCAGCUAAACUAGACGAGGAAGAGGAGGAGGAAGGAGAAGAAGGAGAAGAAGAUGAUGAUGAAGAAGGACAAGAGGAGGAAUCUUUGUCUGACGAGGCGCCAGCAGAAGUGAAAGUGAAGGAGAAGAAAACAGAUCGCAAAGCUACAGAGCGCAACACGCCGUCCCCAGUCGACCCAGAUGCGAUCGAGGUGGACAUUAACUUCCAGCCGGACCCCACGGACCUGGUCCUGUCCAGUGUGCCGGGGGGAGAGCUGUUCAACCCGCGCAAACACAAGUUCUCCGACGAGGAGCUGAAACCGCAGCCCAUGAUCAAGAAGGCCAAGAAAGUGUUUGUUCCCGACGAACAGAAGGACGAUAAAUACUGGUCCAGGAGAAAGAAGAACAACGUGGCGGCAAAGCGCUCUCGAGACGCGCGGCGGCUGAAGGAGAACCAGAUCACGGUGCGCGCCUCCUUCCUGGAGCGGGAAAACGCUGCGCUGAGGCAGCAGGUGGCUGAGAUGCGGAAAGACUGUGGCCGCUGCAAGAACACCGUGGCCCGAUACGAGGCAAAGUACGGCCCACUGUAAACAAGUCUGAACAAAACCCAUGAAGUAUCGAGACAAAAGCAGAACUCCCUUCCCCGCAAAAUUCCACACAGACACAAAUACCAAGGGAAUCUCAAUUUGCACUUUUGUCUUCGCUGGCCCUCCGGUCACUGUGCUCUGUGCUCCAGUUGUUGUUUUUAAACAAUGGCGCUGGAGAUUCGGAUACACACUGGCAGGCAGCGAGGCAUGGUGGGAGCGGUGGACACAGGAAGGCCUGUGGAGAGCGCCUGGCUCCUACACUCAGAGCGGAAGGGGACGGUUGCGGAAACUCCCGUGGUCAUACACACAUGGAAAAUAUGGCCCAUCUCAAGAUAGUUUCAGGAAAGUCAGGACACACGAAAAGAGCAGGCUGGUUAAAAAGAAUCACAAGCUUCUAAAUACCACACAAAUCCAUUUUUUUUAUCACUGCAUAGCAGUUCUUCCUAGAGGACCAAAGCAUGAGUAACGUCAGCUAGAAGUUGUGUGUUUUAGAACGGGGCACACUCGCAGUCCCUCAAUUUCCCUUGUGUUGCACUCACGUUUGUGUCUGUACUUCCUUAAGAUUACUCCAGCGAAGACUCGGGAGAAGGACGUCGAUGAACUCAUGGCAGGGGUAGGAGAGGGACAGAUGAAUACAGGGACAGGAGGCAGAUUCGCUGCCUGAAGUGAGAGAGAGAGAGAGAGAGAGAGAGAGAGAGAGAGAGAGAGAGAGAGAGA